AUGAGAUACGUGGCCGUCCAGCUUCUCGCUCUCCUUCUCUUCUCUGACCUCAUAAGUUCGGAGCUGCAUCCGGCGUCAGAGAUUCCAGCUGUUUCCCAAGAAGACGAAGUUGAUGAAGGCUAUCUCGCAGACGCGGCAUCUCAUCUUGGCGCCAAGGACAUGCACCUCGAGAGCACAUCAAAUGCGAUCAAAUCUGCAUCCUCGGUCAGAGCUGGCAUCCUAGCAGCCACACAAUAUCGCUCCGAUAAAAUUAUCCGUCUUCCCUAUGUAAUUCGGCGUCGUGGAUUCCGCCGGCGAGAGCGUCCUCGCAUUAUUUAUUUGUAA